GAUCCGCACUGGGAUGUGCUUCUUGCUUCCUUCCGGUGUGUGUGGUUAGCUUGAGGUUAGCUGGUGUGCAGGCAGAGGCGGAUUCUGCUGGAUUCAGGGCUCGAACAUGGACAGUCAGGGGAGAAAAGUGGUGGUUUGUGAUAACGGGACGGGGUUUGUGAAGUGCGGCUAUGCAGGAUCAAACUUCCCUGAACACAUUUUCCCGGCGCUGGUCGGCCGGCCAAUCAUCCGCUCCACAGCUAAAGUUGGAAACAUUGAAAUCAAGGACCUGAUGGUGGGCGAUGAGGCCAGCGAGCUGCGCUCCAUGUUGGAGGUGAACUACCCCAUGGAUAACGGCAUCGUGAGGAACUGGGACGACAUGAAGCACCUGUGGGACUACACCUUCGGCCCAGAGAAACUCAACAUCAGCUCACGGGACUGCAAGAUCCUCCUGACCGAGCCGCCCAUGAACCCCACCAAGAACAGGGAGAAGAUUAUAGAGGUGAUGUUUGAAACGUACCAGUUCACUGGAGUCUACAUCGCCAUCCAGGCCGUCCUCACGCUCUACGCCCAGGGCCUGCUGACGGGCGUUGUGGUGGACUCGGGUGACGGCGUCACUCACAUCUGUCCGGUGUACGAAGGUUUCUCUCUGCCCCACCUGACCCGACGUCUGGACAUCGCAGGAAGGGACAUAACGCGUUACCUCAUCAAGCUGCUGCUGCUGCGAGGCUACGCCUUCAACCACUCAGCCGACUUCGAGACGGUGAGGAUGAUGAAGGAGAAGCUCUGCUACGUCGGGUACAACAUCGAGCAGGAGCAGAAGUUGGCGCUGGAGACGACGGUGCUGGUGGAGUCGUACACGCUCCCAGACGGCCGCAUCAUUAAGGUGGGAGGGGAGCGGUUUGAAGCUCCAGAGGCUCUGUUCCAACCCCACCUCAUCAACGUGGAAGGAGUGGGCGUGGCCGAGCUGCUCUUCAACACCAUCCAGGCCGCAGACAUCGACACCAGGUCGGAGUUCUACAAACACAUCGUGCUGUCCGGAGGCUCCACCAUGUACCCCGGCCUGCCGUCCCGCCUGGAGCGAGAGCUGAAGCAGCUGUACCUGGAGCGAGUGCUGAAGGGAGACGUGGCCAAGCUGUCGAAAUUCAAGAUCAGGAUAGAGGACCCCCCUCGGCGUAAGCACAUGGUGUUCCUGGGCGGCGCCGUGCUGGCCGACAUCAUGAAGGACAAGGACAACUUCUGGAUGACGCGGGAGGAGUACGAGGAGAAGGGGACGCGCGUGCUGGAGAAGCUCGGAGUCACCGUCAGAUAAAACACAAACAAACAAACAAAAACACUUCCUCCUAAAGUCCCUCCAUCUGCCCGUCGGCCGACAUCCACGCAGCGCUUACCCCGAGGCUCGUGGAGGGACGCUCUUUGUUCCUUUUUUAAAAAGCAAGGAGGGAAGGAUGCAAGGAGGAAGGGAAGGAAAGAGGGAUGAAGGAUGUGAAGUUGUGGGGUAAGACGUCUCGUAGAGAGGACGCUGGUUUUUCAAUGUUUUCCCCCAGACAUAAAAUUCUGAGAAACAUGCUCCGAUAUUUGA